CAAGCAGGAACUGUUCUACGUAUUUCACAUACUUAGGUCUCCACGCAUGUGGAUUUAUCUUCGACUUAAAUUCCAUCAUCUAAAAUCCCAAUUUCGAAGAAUGCAUCUCCAAAAACACCUUCCAGUGCCAUAUUGUUUCCUCGAAAGCACCUUGAUAGCAACCUUGGACGAGUUCUUCCUCAGCAGUCAUCCAACCCCAAGAGCCAAGCCACACACGCAAACAUGUCUUCCAUGAAGCAAAUACUCUUGAGUAUGAAUCCAACCAAAAUCUUCAGUACGCUUCGGUCUAUGUCUGCGGCUCGAACUCCAACACCGACGACAAAACAACCCCCAAUCAUCCUUUGGUCUUCGAUUGACAACCAUUGGAUGCCACGAGGGAGAGCACAACCGCAUCCGCCAGAACAGACACCACCACGAACUCUGGAGACGCACCCAUUAAUCGAUCCCGAUGAACACCUAACCCUCGGCUUCCGAUUCCAGGACCAGAAGCAACGCGAGUACGCCCGCGUCCUCGAGACAAGACUCCAGGGUCUUAAAUGGGGCGCGCGCCUGCCCUUCCUGUACUGGCGACAUAAGGUCAUGGCAAAGCAACUCGAGGACAUCACGGCCCAGCAAAAGCGUUAUGCUCCGUUUGAUGAGCACCUACAAGUUGCCAAGACGCGCACCGAAUGGCGACGAGAGGUGCUGGAGGCUAGGAUCUUCAAGGAAGUGUCGCCACAAGGCAAGGUCGGUGCAGAAAUCGAGAGACAACGCGCGAUGAAGGAAGCGGAGUUGGAUCGGGUGCUUUGCAUUCUCGCUCAGAGGUCGGAUCGGGAGGCGCCAAUUGCGGCCAAGCCCUUCGAGGAGAUUAGGGAGGAAGAGCGCAGAGGUAUCUUCACGAAGCCGUGGAAAUGGAGCGGAUACAUGCCAUAGGUUGAGGCGCUUGUAAGAAUGUCGUAUGGUUGCUUUCUUGUCGGAUACUCAUCUAUUUUCUUCAAUAUGCAUUUCUUGGCAUGUUGC